AUGAAUUCAGAGGAUGAGUUUGAAGAAAUCUCGAGGUUUUUGGACCAAGAAUCGGGAAGUAUCCUCACGAAUGUGGCUCAGGAUUUGAUUCAGGUAAAAAACGAAAGAAAUCUAAUUCCGAAUCCUCCAAGGCCAUUAAAAGAAUUUUUUAGGAGUCCUACGGCACAUGCUGGACGUCAGAAGCCGAUUUUUUCCAUGAAUUUGGAUCUCUUCAGUCUUAUCCAGAGACCUCAUUGCAAUACGAGGUUGAUUACGCAAUCCAUGAACAGAUUCAGAAUGGGCCAGCACAAAUGGAAAUGGUCCAUGACUGGAGCUCUCUUAAUAUCCCCAUCAACAAUUAUUCAGAGGUUGAGAUGUUGCCGGAGGGCAUUCCUGAAGUGGUCGAGGAAACAGAGAACGUAGAAGCUGCAGAAAGAGAACUUAUCCCAUCGCAAUCCAACCCUUCAAUGGAUCCUGUGGCCAACCCGCCCAAGCUUCCGUCCAGGCGAUUCGAUUGCUCAGAUUGUGGAUCAUCCUAUUCCCGGAAGUCGGAUUUGACUAGACACAAAAAAGAGAAACACUCCAAAGAUUCCCUGGAUAUGACUGAAUUCUUUUGCCCCUACUGUUUGGAUCGGUUUGGACGGAGACAAAACUGCAUUCGUCAUCUAAAAAGAUGUGAUCUUGUCCCCUCAGGGCUUUCAGCGACAGAAAUAAAGGAACCGCUUACUGAAUUUCCGGGCUAAACAUGCAUUAAUACGAACCUUUCGCUGCAGAUUUUUCUAUUGUAUGUAUACGGGUAGUAAAUAUUUAUACGGGUUAUAAUAUGUGAAUAAAACAAUGAUGACUACAAGUAUUACUCGCUAUUCAUUGACAGCUGUAUUUCUUUCUUUUCACUUUGUAGUUUGUUAUUUUGAAUCGUGUGGAUCGUAUGUUUUGAGUGCUCUCAGAAUGAAGCCUCUCCAAAGGAAAUCAUUUUCAGGGUUUUUGAAUUUAAAUUAGGGAGUCGUGAGUUUACGGAUGGCGUCGUAAUUUAUCUGUCCAUUUUUUGUAUAACGAGGUUCGCAUUUUUCUUGCCGCAGGCAUUGUAAGCAAACCGAUUUGUGAAGAUAAUUUGCGACACGUUUAAUUAAAAGCCUUAUCAAAUGUUUUUUUCAACCGAAACUUUCCAAAGCCAAUCUUUCCAUCGAGAAAUGCCCAAUUCUCGGCUUCCGUUGUGUUAACCGUUGAUAUUUAUCUCUCAAACUAUAACGAAUAUCGUGAGAAAAGAUCUGCGGAUAAAUGACUAUUGAAUUUUCCGUAUUUUCUAGUCCCUGGGAGAACAGGGGUGCAAAAAAUGUUGUUUUCGAAGCGAUGAAACGUGAAAUCAUCAUUUUUUCUCUAUAAAAGUUUUGCCAGUUGCAAAACAAAUUUAGUUGUUUACACUUUUAGAAGAUGUCGUUGAAAGGUAAAGUCGCGUUGGUCACCGGAGCCUCCCGAGGAAUCGGAAAGGGGAUUGCCGUUGAAAUUGGCGCCGAGGGAGCGACUGUUUAUGUAACUGGAAGGAAACCCGGACAAGCUGUGAAACUGGAGACAUCAACAACUUUGUCCGAAGUUGCCGAUGAAAUCACUAAAAGGGGAGGCAAAGGAAUCGCCGUUUAUGUUGACCACUCUGAUCCGGAAGAUGUAAAGAAACUGUUUGAGAGAAUUGACAAAGAACAGAAUGGACAACUCGACAUCUUGGUGAACAAUGCCUAUUCUGCGGUCCCUUUUCUGAUGGGAAACAUUGGAACCAAGUUCUAUGAAUUCAAACAAAAUCCAGAAGAGGUCUGGGACAUUGUGAAUAAUGUUGGAUUGAGAAAUCAUUAUGUCUGUUCGACCUACGCCGCCAGAUUAAUGGUGAAGAACAAGAAGGGGCUGAUUGUUCUGAUCGGAUCCCUCGGGGGACUCAGACAUCUCUUUAAUGUUGCAUAUGGUGUUGGAAAAGAUGCGGUAAGAUGAGCGUACAUCUUCUAUCAUAAUCUGAUCUAGGUUGACCGGCUCGCUGCAGACUUAGCUGUGGAGUUGCAAGGGACAGGAGUCAACUGUGUCUCAGUGUGGCCGGGAGAAGUGAGAACCGAAUAUAUCGAUGUGAAUGUCGUCCAGAAGCAGACUGGGGUCAGUUUAGGAGCUUUUUCAGAAAAAACUUUUUAUAGGAAACAGCGGAUGCUUUUGCCGCGGGCGAAGAUAUAGGCUAUUCUGGACGUGCAAUUGCUAAGUUGGCGACCGAUCCUGAUGUUGCGAAGUAUCACGGGAAAAUUGUUUUGAGCACCGAAUUGGCCGAGAAAUAUGGAGUCAGAGAUCUGGAAGGAAGUGGGUUGUAUUCAAAUAUUUUAUCCUUUUGACAAGCCAGUGAACCGAUUUCUUUCAGAGAUCCCACAGCCAAUCUACCUGGAGGAGAGAAGGAACUACGCCAAUACUAUUAACAAAAUUAGGACUGCUGGGAUCAAAUACGACUCCUAA